GUUGCCCGUGCGUAAUCGAAUCGGAAUCGAAUAUCGAGAUCGGCAUCGGCAUCGGCAUCGGAACGAACAGUUAGCGAUAAACCCGUCAUCGUCGCAGUCGUCGGCUGAAGAAGAAGUAUUGCCGACAAAUUCACCUGCUUUCAAUAACAACAACAACAACCACAAGAACAACAACAGCAACCAAGAGUGAACCUUCACAGAACACUGUUGUCUGGCUGUUGUCGCCAGACACAGCUGUCAAUGCGGCGACGUCGAGUUCGAUGCCGCCGCUGUCAAUGACGCGUAGCCAAACUAAAAUCGCCUAACUUAGCCAAGUCAAACAACAGUGAACUAAAUCUCACCUCAACAACAACAACAACAAGAACAACAACAGCAACAACAUCAGCAACAACCACAACAAAAACACAGUUGCAAAAUGACUGUCUCAUAUGCGGGCGAGGUGCCGAAUGGCAGCAACUUUGGCUGCUUCUGGAAGAUCCUAUGGAAAUGGCGCGGCAGCGUUUACAAAUUAGUCUGGCGCGAAUUAAUCGCCUAUUUGUGUUUAUACUAUACCAUAAAUGUCAUCUACAGAUUUGCGCUAAAUCCCAAUCAGCAGACCCUAUUCAAUAAGAUUCGCCUAUAUUUUGCGCAACAGGGCGAGAAUUUGCCCAUGUCCUUUGUGCUGGGCUUCUAUGUUAAUCUGGUGGUCAAGCGCUGGUGGGAACAGUAUCGUCUACUGCCCUGGCCCGAUACGCUCGCCCUGUUCAUUAGCGCCGCCAUACCCAAUUCAACCGGAGGCGUUAAUAAUGAAACGGGUCGUCUGAUGAGGCGCAACAUAAUGCGCUAUAUGGUCCUGGCCUAUGUGAUUACCCUGCAGCGCAUCUCGCUGCGCGUCAAGCGACGCUUUCCCACCACCCAGCAUCUGGUCGAUGCUGGUCUGAUGCAUGAGUCUGAGAUGAAAAUAUUCGAGGCGAUGAAUCAGAAGAGUCCCAUGUCCAAGUACUGGAUGCCCCUCGUCUGGGCCACAAAUAUCAUCAAUCGGGCGCGCAAGGAAGGACUAAUUGCCUCCGAUCACAUUGUGCAAACCAUACUCGUAGAACUGUCCGAUAUCAGACGGCGCCUGGGUGGCCUCAUUGGCUAUGAUACGGUCUGUGUGCCGCUCGUCUAUACACAGGUUGUUACCCUCGUGCUCUACACGUAUUUUAUAGCCGCACUGUUGGGUCGCCAAAUGUUGCCAAAUAUCUUGGAUCGUAAUGGCAGGGAGGAUCCCGAUUUGUUUUUCCCAUUAUUCACCGUUUUGCAGUUCGUUUUCUUUGUGGGCUGGCUGAAAGUGGCCGAGGUUCUAAUCAAUCCCUUUGGCGAAGAUGACGAUGAUAUUGAAUUAAAUUGGCUAAUCGAUCGACACAUAAAGGCCGCCUACAUGAUUGUCGACGAGAUGCACGAGGAGCAUCCGGAACUGUUGCGCGACCAGUACUGGGAGUGUGUGGUGCCCAAAGAGCUACCCUAUACUGUCGCCUCAGAGCACUAUAGACGGGACGAGCCCAAGGGCUCGGCGGAGAAGUACAAGGUGAAGAAGGACGAUGCGAUGUAUGCCAAUAUAAUACCAGGCGGUGGCAAACGAAUGCUCAGCGACGAUGUCUAUGCGGACUAUGAGAGCGUGGACACGCCGAUGGUGGAGAGGCGAAAGAAUAACUGGCUGGUGCGUCAGCUGUCCCGCAUGGGCUCCAUGCGCAGCCAGUCGACGGCCUACUCCUCGGGCGGCAUGCCCUUCAAUCGCAAUCGCUUGAACUCGGUUUACUCUAGUCCCGAAUCGGGCAUGCCAUUGUCCAUCCUGCAGCAACAGCAAUUGCAGCAACAGCAGCAGCAACAACAACAGCAACCUGGCUCGCAGCAGCAGAGCAACAAGCCAAGUCUCUACGAGAAGUUUGUGCACCGCAAAUCGCUGCGAGCUCAGCGCCAAUUGACAAAGCAAAAUUCCAAACUUAAUGGCCUAAAUAUGAAUGUGCCCAAAACGCGUCCACGCAUCCCAACGCCGGAGGUAACCAAGGAUGGCAGCACAAAUACGGCGAGCAGUGCCGUUAUAAUGGCCCCACAACAGCUGAGCACGCAAAGCACUAGCGGGUUGUAUCCCUCGUAUAGCAGCACAGCCAGCGGCACUAAUUUGCACCAGGACAGCGGCCAGGUGCUGGGCACACUGCUGCUGUCGCCCAUCAAAGAGAUGGAUAGCACAUCAACCAAUAACACUCUGAUUCCAGGGCACCCAGCAACAGCAGCGCUCGCCCAGGCUGUCAUGCCCACCAGAUUGAAGGAUGCCUACACCACAAGUACUAUGCCAACGGAUUCGAAUAUAACCACAUUAUCGUUUCCAUUCACGGUGGCCACCAGCGCCGGUGAUUCUCUGAGCAUUAUGCCACUGAACGCAAAUGCGCAGUUGCCCACAAUAACAACCACUGCGAGUGGUUAUGAUCCCAACGAUGUCAUCACCACAAUACCCGUCUCACUUUCCAUACAACGGACACCGUCCAGCGUAUCGAUUGUGGAGCUGAACGGUGCCGGUGGCGAUGGUGCACCCGAUCAUAGCAGUGGUUCCAGCAACGGCAGUGCUGGCAUCACCACAACGGCAUUGCUCUCAGUGAAACCACUGAAUGGAGCGGGGAAUAUAUCGCGGAACAACAGUUUCAACCUAAGCCUCAAUCUGCAUGAUCCGAACUUUCAACGCUCCUCCGUACGUUCGGCAGGACCAACGGAUUCGGUAGAUGCCAGCACAUCGACGAUAUCGCUGCAUCGGAGCAAAGACUCGGCAGCAGGUGCAUCUACAGCUAAUGCCUCCUCGGCGCCAUCAACGCUGGCCAAGCACAAGCCAGAGCCAAAGACGGGCGAGGUAUAUGUGUAAAAUUGGAUCAUAAUGUUAUAGGAUAUAAAUUUUCAGGCAUUGUUUAUAGCCGCAUUGUUUGGCUAGUUAGCUUAUAAGAGCAGAUAAUCCGUCCAGAUGCGGAUUUCUUUAAUGAACAGAGUUAAUAGUUAGAAUUAAACACACUUUGGCCAUAGCGCCACCCGGAACCAUUUCUACGAUAUUAUUUUGUUGUUGUGUGAAAAAUUGCAGAGAAGCGAUCAGAAAUAUAAGUAUCAAAUAGUCUAAAGUUAAUCUAGCUUAUGAAGAAAUUUGCUAAUCAAUUUGAGAUGCGUAUAUUAAAAUUCCCUUGAUCUUCUAUCAACAUAUACAUAUAUACAUCUAUAGGUAUAAUAUGUAUAAUGAAUUUUAAUAUGUAAUUCUCUAUCCUUAGUGUGUAUAACUGUUACCUAAUGAUAACUGCAAUUUCAAUUUGUUUCCUUGGCGCUUGCCAUAUUAGGACUAGAUAUUAAAUUACUUUAAUGCAUAAUAAGAACUACAUUUAUUAAAAAUCCCUAUCGUGUAGGCAGUGUAAAUAUAAACCAACACAAUAUGUGAUAUGCGAUUUUUACGUUUUUAAGUCGAAUAGUCUUAUACAUAAACCAUAGAGUAAUCCAGCAUAUCUAUAUCUACAUAUGUAUAUGUACAUAGGUCAACUAUAAAAUUGUCGCCUUUGUAAAUAAGAUGAUAAACUAUCUAUACCUAUCUAUCUAUAAAUAAAUACCUAGAUCCAUUAAAACUAAAUGUUAAAGUUCAUGGUCA